AUCGGGCAAAACACGGCGGACGCGGUUUCUUCCCUCAAAACUCAUAAGUCUCUUUUUGGCUUCAGCUUCUUCCGGUUUUUCUGAUUGUCUCUGCUUCUCAUCUCUAAUCUCGAAUUCUACUUCGAUUUCAUCAUCUUCUUCUGCUCAACUCUUACUACUGUUGUCUUCUCGAUUCACACGAUCCAUGUUCAAAAUGCGUUUCUUUUUGGCUUUUGUGAUCCUUCUUAGCUACUUGGGUUCUUGUUUCUCGCUCAAAGAAAAAGCUGUAGAUUUUCUGAAAAGUGAAGAUAGUUUAAAGAAAGAUCUAUCUUCAGAUGAAGAUUCAACGACUUUGAAAGCUUUUGGAUUUCACAGGAAAACACUUGUCCGUUACCCUUACAGAGAUUUGCCUUCAAGAAAAGACCGCAAAAACCGUGUUGUGGCUGCAACUAUCACACCAUCAUCAUCCCCAAAACCUUCUCCUAAACAUGUUUCAACAGUUCCGGAGCCACAAAAGAGAUCAUCUACACAAGUUGUUUCACCUUCUCCUUCUGUGUCACUUGUAAAUCCUUCCACUCCAAGAAACUCUCAUUCUUCUUCAGUGGCUGUUCCUUUAGUGGUUGGCUGCGUAGGCGGUGCCUUUUUUCUUCUCCUUGUAGUUACCGGUGUCUACUUUUUCACUAGUAAGGCGGGGAAAACAGUGAAUCCUUGGCGUACUGGUCUUAGUGGACAACUUCAGAAAGUAUUCGUAACUGGUAUACCUGUACUCAAAAGAUCUGAGAUUGAAGCUGCAUGUGAAGAUUUUAGUAAUGUCAUUGGAUCUUGUCCCAUUGGGAAAUUGUUCAAAGGAACAUUAUCAAGUGGAGUGGAGAUUGCUGUUGCUUCUUUUGCUACUACAUCUGCCAAAGACUGGAAGGACAAUACAGAAAUUCACUUUAGGAAGAAGAUCGAAAUGUUAUCGAAGAUCAACCACAAGAAUUUUGCAAACCUUCUUGGGUAUUGUGAAGAAAAGGAACCUUUCACUAGGAUCUUGAUCUUUGAGUAUGCUCCAAAUGGGUCACUCUUUGAGCAUUUACACUUUAAAGAAUCAGAACACUUGGAUUGGGGAAUGCGGUUAAGAAUUGCAAUGGGAUUAGCAUAUUGUCUUGACCAUAUGCACCAACUCAAUCCACCUAUAGCUCACACCAAUCUCGUCUCGUCAUCUCUUCAGCUCACAGAGGAUUAUGCUGUCAAAGUAUCGGAUUUCAGUUUCGGUCCAUCUGAGACAGAGACUAGCAUCAACAACACAGUCAUAGACACAAACAUCUCAGUCUUGAGUCCACAAGAAAACGUUUACAGCUUUGGUUUGCUAUUAUUCGAAAUGAUAACCGGGAAACUCACAGAAUCGGUUAACAAACCUGACUCGGUAGAUAGGGCGCUGGUUGAUUUCUUAAGAGGAGAGACUCUAGCCAAGAUGGUAGAUCCAACACUGGAAUCUUAUGAUGACAAGAUUGAGAAUAUAGGUGAAGUGAUCAAAUCAUGCCUCAGGACCGACCCGAAAGAGAGACCUACAAUGCAAGAAGUCACAGGAUGGUUACGGGAGAUCACUGGAAUAUCACCAAAUGAUGCUAUGCCGAAAUUGUCACCUCUUUGGUGGGCAGAGUUGGAGGUUUUGUCCACGGCGUAAGAGAAGCCCUUCACCAAUAAAAGUGUAUAUAUUUUGAAGAUGUGAGUUUUGUAAGUGUCUUUUCUAGUUAUCUCUAGUAAUAUUGGUAUAACAAAAUUGAAGUUCUCUU